AUGCUUGAUACAAUCUACAUCGUCCGUCAUGGGUUCCGUUCAAACUGGGUGGUUUCCAACGAUGGCACCUACAAUGCAACCAUAAAAUCGCCAACUGGCAUUCCUUCGGAUCCGCCGUUGACUUCAUAUGGGGUUGAUCAGGCUAGACAGUUGGGAGUUCAUCUCGCGAGUUUGGAUAUCAAGCCUCAGCAAAUAUAUUCUUCGCCAUACUACCGAUGUUUGCAGACAUCGGCACCGAUUGCGACAGAGUUAGGGCUCGGUAUUGAAGGUGUGGAAGGCGGAAUUGCAGAAUGGUUUGGUACAGCUCCAUUCGACCAUCCGCUUCCAGCCACUGCGGAGCUUUUGAAAACAUUCUUUCCAAAUCUGAAUGCUGAUUAUACACCAAUAAUUAUCCCUGCUGUUCGUGGCGAGACUAUGGCACAGGUGCAUAAUCGUGCUGCCUAUGCGCUGACUAGGCUUGUGGAGUAUAUUGACAAGGCACACCCAGAAGUUAGGGCUAUUGUGUUGGUGUCUCAUGCUGCGACGGUUAUCGCAGCUGGUAGAGCGCUCGUUGGAGACCCGGAUAUGGAUGUUGGCGCCGGGACAUGUUCUUGCUCUGUUUAUAAACGAAAUGAUCCGAACUCUUCUCCAGUGUGGAUUGAUGUCGACGGCAACGAAGUGCAAGGAACUGGAACUGUGGAUUUGAAUAAGGGACCGGUGCCGGUGUUGCCGUGGAGGGGGAAAGGAAUAUUAGGCGGUUGGACGCGUGAAAGGAAUGGAGAUUGUAGCUUCUUGAGUGGCGGCGAGGAGAGGAAUUGGUGGUUUGGGGGUGACGAGGCGUGGGAUUUCCCGAUUGCAAAAGGAACCGGGGUAGAGAAGACAUUGGGUACGGAGAUUUCAGGAUCUAGAGGCCCUGGCGGGGAUGAAAUUGUGGGGAAAGGAGAAAGUGCAAAGAUAUAG